UACCGUGAACACUUACCUCUUUGCAUAUGACUUAAUACAGUUCUGUGGACAUUCCUGGAUUUUUACCAAUAUGAUCAUCAGGUUCAUGUCAUUUGGCAAAGAUUCGUUGGCCGACACAUUUUACUCCAUAGGACUCGUGAUGCGCCUUUGCCAGCUGUUAGCAGUACUGGAGAUCCUGCACAUCCUUGCUGGUAUUGACAAAAGUCGUCUCUUCCCUCGUUUUUUGCAGAUCACUGAGAGAAUAGUUGUUUUAUUUGUCGUCAUUAACAGCCAGGAAGAAGUUCAAGGGAAAUACGUUGUGUGUGUCUUAUUUUUCCUCUGGAAUCUAUUAGACGUGAUCAGGUACACCUACAACAUGCUAGCAAGGACAGGAAUAUACUACCUACCACUGACAUGGCUAAACUUUUCACUGUGCAUCCUGCUGUACCCCCUCUCAGUGCUGGCUAAAGCGUUUGCAAUCUGUGUAUCACUGCCCUAUUUUGAAUCCCUUGGCACGUACUCCAUCAAGCUGCCCUUUCCAUUCGCCUUCUCCAUCUACUUCCCCUAUAUCCUGAAAGGGUACUUGCUUGUGCUGUUCAUAGGUAUGUACUUCAUUAUCCAGAACCUCUUCUCAGAAAGAAAAGCUCACCUAGCAACACGCAGUGUCAAAAAGAAGCAAAGCUAA